AUGACAGAACCGAUUCACCUGGGAGUUAUCGGUCUAUCAACCAGAGGAUGGGCAUCUACUAAUCUUCUUCUUGCCGUAUCCACCACAAACCCCACGUCUGCAGAGGCAAGUGCAGUGAAGUAUUCCACGGCCGAAACCACUGUGAAGGGGUAUCACGCUCCCGAGUCUAUCGCUGCAGAUCCCAACCUUGAUUUGAUCGCCGUGUCAGUGAACACACCUAAUCAUGUAGAGAAUGCCACAAAGGCCAUUGAGUCUGGGAAGGAUCUCUUCAUCGAGUGGCCGGCUGGGAGGGGAUUGAAGGAGACGAAACUCCUCGCUGACCUAGCAAAGGAGAAGGGAAUCCGGACGAUCGUUGGACUUCAAGCCAGACAGAGCCCAUUGUUUCGCACGGUAAAGAGACUAGUCGAGGCGGGGGAAAUCGGGAAUGUUUUGUCUACGAGCAUGACAUCGCGAAUAUCCGGUCCGUAUGCGCCGUGGGGACCGACAGUGUUUAAAGGACACGAAUACGUGUUGAAGAAGGAUAAUGGUGCAACACUUCUUGAUAUCCCCGAGGCCAUUUUUUCGAGGCAUUCACUCAAUCUCGAUGGCGCGCCCACCGGCGAUGUUGUCCCUGCUGAUGGUCCGUCGCAGGUAGCUGUAUCGGGGACGCUAAAGAGCGGUGCGGUAAUGAGCUUGCACUGGCGUGCAGGCUUCCAGACGCCUGCCGAUGUGAAAGCUGCGACUCCGCUUGUAUGGGUUAUCGACGGGACGAAAGGAAGUAUCAGGAUUGAGAGUGACAAUCCUUUGGGAGCUUAUGUGGGGGUGUACGAACCGACGCAGCUUUGGGUGAAUGGUGAUGAGGUGAAAGUUGAGGAUGAUGGUAAGACGAAUGAGGGUAGGGCCUGGGAAGAAUACUUGAAGGGCGAAGGCGUGGGAGACUAUGCCGACUUGCAGCAUGCGGUUCAGAUCAAGAGCGUCAUCGACGCCAUUUGGAGAAGUGCUGAGGGAGGCGUUAGGGUGAGUCUGUAA